CUUGAAUCUCUAUCCCGCUGUUCAACGCAAUCAUGCGCUUCAUUGUUGGUCUGUACUCCUGCCUGGCCGUUUUGGUUCUUGGGCAGUCCUCUUGUCCCACAGGGGAUGCUCAGUGUCACAGUGAGAGUCCCGGUUCGUACUGCAAGUUCUAUCAAGGUCACAAUGUCUGCCAGGGAACUGACACCCCCUGCUCUUGCACCACUACUCCAGCACCGCCGCCACCCACUCCCACUGGUGGAUCAUGUCCUGAUGGUGAUGCUUUUUGUCAGAAGCAGUCUGGUAAUUCCGGCUCCUAUUGCAAGGCUGCUUACCAGACUGGUCCCGGUGGAGGUGUUUGCCAGGGUACUGAUAUCCCCUGUAAAUGUGGUGGUGGCGGAUCAACUACGAUGAAGCCGACUACGACGAAGCCGACUACGACGAAGCCGACAUGUCCUACGUCAUAAGACAACACAUCUAGUUGAGAUCUACACCAAUGUUCGAAAUCAACCAUGCUUAUAGCCAUUGAUAUCUCUCUACUCUUUUCCGACCCUUAUUACAAGGUCUAUGACCAAACUAUUGAGCCUACGGUUUGUGACUCGCCAGGUUAAGCGAUGUCACAUCGCAAGUCGUUGAGGAUGUACUGGUUAUGAAUGGCUCUUCUUUCUUUCUGUGACUCGUUGGCAUUGUUAGCGGAUCUACAAGUAACCGUCGACGAUCACGAGAGCUUCCGGCUCCA